AUGAACUCAAGCUCUCCCAAGGCGCCAGAGGAUGGCAUCAUACCGGAUUCGACAAGCUUCUUUUGCUGUUCUACGUGUGGCAGGGCCUGCGAGCCUCUUUUCCCUUCCUUCUCCAACCCCCGUGUAUCCAAAGUAUAUAUAUAUACGGCCUGUUUUGAGUCAAGCAAGGCCCGAGAGGCGAAUCUCUCCCGUGGCCCCGAUCCAGUCAGUCAGUCCUCUUCCAAGGGGAGGAGACCAGUGAUGCUGGUGAGGGAUCCACAAAAUACGAUGAGGAUAACUAUACGAUCAGACCUCCCAGUGGUAUGGGCGGUCUGCAGAAAUGGAGAGAGAAAGAUGCCAAAGAAGAAAGGGCAAAAGAAAAGAAACAUCUCAGGCGAGAGGGAUGGGGUUUGA